GGUGUCGUUGCCCGGGUAAUUUUCUGGCAGCGACCUAAUAGUAGAAGGAUGUGCGCGCGGGGCCGGAGGCACCGACUAGAGCUGGGAGCUUGUGGAAGGGCGCCCCUGCCUGGUCUUGAGAGGUCGAAGGUCUCCAGGAGGCCUCCGCCUCCCUCUUUUUCAUUCACACAUCCUAGCCUCACACGUUAGGAGUCCCCCCAACAGACCGUGAGCUGGUGCCGGGAGGGUGGAGGUGGAUGUAGCUCACUGCCACGCUACCACAGAAGAGCGAAAGCUGCUUUCUCAGCCACCGGAGAGCACGAAGAAGGAUAAAAUCCUUGAUAUAGGCCGGGCAUGGUGGCUCACGCCUGUAAUCCCAGCACUUUGGGAGGCCAAGGAGAAUGGAUCACGAAGUCAGAAGAUGGAGACCAUCCUGGCUAACACGAAGAAGAUAUACUGGCAAGUUCUAGAAGGAUUCUACCAUUUUCUUCUUUACCAUGAACAAACUUGACAAUUAAUGGGUAAUAGUUGCAUGAAAACUUUUGAACGUUUUUUCUUCUUAUCUCUGAGGCCUUCUAUGGAGAAUUAAUAGGAGGUUGAAUGUGUGCAGGGAUAAAAUGGAUCAUCUUAAAGGAUUGAAGUUCCAAAAAUACAUCAGCAGGACUGGACAGGUUUGAUAUAAUGAGAUUUCUAUUUUAGCUUGACUUCUACAACUCUGAAUAAGCUAUAAACUGAGCUAUACAAGGUUCUUAGAAGGAAGUUUCUCUUCUAAAAUAUUCUAGUUGCGUAUAACAUUUUUCUUCUUCAGAUCUUUGAAAAAGCAUAUUUUGUCAUCAAGUUCCUACAAAAUAAGACUAUUAGACACUUGCCAACUUUUAGGAUAUUAAGUAGGAUAGAAAGCAGCAAUCUAAUUUGGAAAACAAAUUUAAUUAAAGAAACAGUCACCAGGAAAUAAGAAGAGUAAUCUCUACAUAAGCACUGGCUGAGAUGGCAGAAGCUUCUGUGGAUGCCUCAACUCUGCCUGUAACAGUGAAGAAAAAGAAAAGCCUAUCCAUUGAGGAAAAGAUUGACAUCAUAAAUGCAGUGGAAAGUGGCAAGAAAAAAGCAGAGAUUGCUGCUGAAUAUGGAAUAAAGAAAAAUUCAUUGUCUUCUAUUAUGAAGAAUAAAGACAAAGUUCUAGAAGCCUUUGAAUCUCUAAGAUUUGAUCCAAAGAGAAAAAGACUGAGAACUGCUUUUUACACAGAUCUGGAAGAGGCAUUAAUGAGGUGGUAUCGAAUUGCUCAGUGUCUAAAUGUACCAGUCAAUGGUCCGAUGUUACGUCUAAAAGCUAAUGAUUUUGCCCAGAAACUGGGCCAUAAUGAUUUUAAGUGCAGUAAUGGUUGGCUGGAUCGUUUUAAAUCCAGGUAUGGUUUAGUAUUCAGAGCUCAACCUGUAGAAGCUACAGGUGUAUCAGUAGACCCUUCGACUGUCUGGUACCAGAAUGUACUUCCUUAUUAUUUAAAUGAUUAUCAUCCCAAAAAUAUUUUUAAUAUAAAAGAGACUGGGCUGCUCUAUCGAAUGUUACCUACCAAUACAUUUGCAUUUAAAGGCGAAACAUGUUCAAUUGGAAAGUUAUGCAAAGACAGAAUAACUCUGGUGGUUGGCACAAACAUGGAUGGCUCAGAGAAACUUCCUUUGCUUGUCAUUGGAAAAAAGAGAAAUCCACAUUGUUUCAAAGGUUUAAAAUCAUUGCCUGUGUGUUAUGAAGCUAACAGAAUGGCAUGGAUGACCUCAGAUGUAUUUGAACAAUGGAUGCGAAAGCUUGAUGAGAAAUUUCAAGCCCAGCAACGAAGAGUGGUGAUUUUUGUUGAGUCUUUUCCAGCACAUCCAGAGGUAAAGAACCUAAAAUCAAUUGAGUUAGCAUUCUUUCCGUCAUGUUUAUCUUCCAAAUGUAUAGCUAUGAAACAAGGCAUUAUUAAAAGCCUUAAAAUCAAAUAUCGACACUGUCUUAUCAAGAAAUUUUUAAGCUCUGUUGAAGGUAGCAAAGAAUUUACAUUUUCACUACUAGAUGCAGUUGAUACAUUGCAUCUUUGCUGGAGGGCUGUAACCCCAGAGACUAUUGUUAAAAGCUAUGAAGAGGCAGGAUUCAAAUCUCAAAAGGGAGAAAGUGACAUAACAAAUGCAGAGAAGGAUACUGGUCUGGAUUUGGUUGCUGAUGCUCUGGGGGCAGGAGUAGAAUUUCCUGAAGGUUUAUCUUUAGAAGAAUAUGCUGCCCUGGAUGACGAUUUGGAGACAUGUGAAGCAGCACCAAAUGGUGAUUCCGUAUGCACCAAAGAAAGUAGAUCGGAUGAAACUGGAUUUUACACUUCUGAUGAAGAGGAUGAUGAUGGAUCUCCAGGAACUGCACUCCCUUUACCAUCAAAAUCUGAGGCAAUAACUGCUUUAGAUACUCUGAAAAAAUUUCUUAGAAGUCAAGAUAUGAAUGACGGACUUCAAAAUUCUUUAGCAGACCUUGAAAAUUUUAUUAACUCUUUAUCACCUAAGUAACUAUGUAUUGUACAUCUAAAGAGUAAUAGCUUUUCCUGAUACCUUUUAUUAUAUAAGGUAUGUAAAGGAGUUAUACCACACCACUUAAACAUAAAAAAUGAAAAACUAGUAAUCCUUGGUUUAAUUGCAAAAACCUUUGGUUUGAAUAGCAAAACUCCCUAGUAAAUAAUGAUUAAAUAAAAAAUACAAAUUUCUAUUUAACAAGGUUUUAGGGUGUAAAAAGUGUAUUUCAAAGGGCUAUACUAAACACAUAUGGUCAAUAUGUCAAACAUAAAAGGAACUCUUCUGCUAUAUUUACAGAUCGAAUUGGUGAUUUCUAUUUUGUUUUUUAAGUUCAGAUUAUGUUCUAGAAUAUUUUAAUUUAUCUACCUAAUCUAAGAAAAAAAUCUAGCAAUAGUUUAUUUUUAUAAAGAUAUAUAUAUAUGGCAUAUGUAUUCUAACUAGACUUUAAAUAUCAAAUAUAAAGUAAUUUUAAAUUAUUUUUCACAUAACUAGCUGACCUUCUAAUAAGAAAUUAUGGAAAACUGCUGAAAAUAAAAUCUGACCUAACUAUACACCAAAAUGAUUAAAAAUAUGAGUCUUACUACUUUCAAGUUAUUUGUAUAUCAGGUCAAAUGAAAAGCUGUGACCCUAUCAGGUUUUUUUUUUUUUUUUUUUGAGACGGAGUCUCGCUCUGUCACCCAGGCUGGAGUGCAGUGGCGCAAUCUCGGCUCACUGCAAGCUCCGCCUCCCGGGUUCACGCCAUUCUCCUGCCUCAGCCUAUCCGAGUAGCUGGAACUACAGGCGCCCGCCAUCACGCCCGGCUAAUUUUUUGUAUCUUUAGUAGAGACGGGGUUUCACUGUGUUAGCCAGGAUGGUCUCGAUCUCCUGACCUCGUGAUCUGCCCUCCUCGGCCUCCCAAAGUGCUGGGAUUACAGGCGUGAGCCACCGCGCCCGGCCUCGACCCUAUCAGGUUUGUCAUCUGUAACUAGAAGCUAUGGAUUCUUCCUGAAUAUUUAUAUGUAUAUUUGUGUUUAAUAGAAAAAUAUAUUAUUGAAACAUUUAUUAAAUUCUUGUGAUAUUUGUAGUUUAAUAGUUAUGCCUACAUAUUUUUCUAAUUUUAACAGCUCAAGCUUUUAAUCUAUAAUAUUUAAUUAUUUUUUGGAUUUUACUGAAUUUUAUUUUCAGGUAAAACUAAAUGUCCUUUUAGCAUAUUUUGAUGUAUGUAAUCCUUUUUUCCCCCAAAUUUGAUGGGUAACACUUUGGAUUAAAAUUCUGUUUAAGGAAGUUUUAUCUAUAGAAUGUUUUAAAAUAUUGUAUGAAAUUAAUUGAUUUCCAUCUAUAAAGUAGUCUUUGUAUAGUAGAAUAUUGUAACAAUAAUUUGUGAGACUUUUCCAUUGUUAAAUUUUAGUUUGCUUAUUUAACUUAUUACACUCAAUUUGGUAUCCCCUUUGAAAAAUAUUUUAUAAAAAUGUAAAACAUACAGAUUAUUUUUACUAUGAAUUAUUAGUCUGCCAACAGAUGACACAUUUGGAAGGAAAUAUCUAUAGGAAGCAUUUUUAUUUUUCAACUGUUGAUUUAUUCUGCUUUUAAGAGUUGGUAAUAGUAAGCCUUAAAAUGUAUUAAAAUUAAAGUUUCUUUCAGAGUGAAAUAA